GGGUCACGUGGUGCUUGUGUUUCUGUACUUAUAAAUAGCACGCCCGGUGGCUCAAUAUUUUCAAACACACCGGAACGUUUCUGUGGAGGUCCGGAAGAUACCGAAGUAAAAGACCAUGGCUCGUACCAAGCAGACUGCCCGUAAAUCCACAGGAGGAAAAGCUCCCAGAAAACAGCUGGCCACUAAGGCAGCGAGGAAGAGUGCGCCCUCUACCGGCGGCGUCAAGAAGCCCCACAGAUACAGGCCUGGAACUGUUGCGUUGAGAGAGAUUCGUCGUUACCAGAAAUCAACAGAAUUGCUCAUUCGCAAGUUGCCGUUUCAGCGUCUGGUCAGAGAAAUCGCACAAGAUUUCAAGACUGACUUAAGGUUUCAGAGUGCAGCCAUUGGUGCUCUUCAGGAAGCAAGUGAGGCUUACCUCGUCGGCCUGUUUGAGGACACCAAUCUCUGUGCCAUUCACGCCAAGAGGGUCACCAUCAUGCCCAAGGACAUCCAACUGGCAAGGCGAAUCCGAGGGGAGCGUGCAUAAAUGAAACUUGUCUUAUUUUAAUUUUUCUUAACCACACACUCUCAAAGCAGUGAAUUUUAACUGAUUGCAUAAUUUUAUAAAGCAUUCCUGACAGACUCAGGUUCCAUCGGAUGUGUAUUUACUAUUAGCAGUGCUCAUUGUAGAGUAGCGUUAGUUUGCAUGCUGAGAUAUUUAUCUUUUUACAUUGAUUAUUGGGUUGUUAAUAAAAAUUUCACUACCUCA